AUGACCACGCUACAAUUCAAGACCGCUUCGCUAUUCGGCGGCGCCAUUUCUGUCGACAUACCACAAACUUGGGCAGACGUCAGCGAGAUUCGAGAAGUCCCCGACACCCAAGAAGUCUACCUCGACCGAGAUGGAUUCUCCAGCAUCGUGGUGGACAUUCUCGAGCGUGUCGACAAGCCGACCGAUGGAGAAGCCCUGGAGUACCACCUGUCAGACAUCAUUGAUGAAGAUCUCGGUGAAGCCAAAAUCCGGGAACGAAAGGAUGCGAGCCUGAGGUUGAUGCCAUCCACUCCCGUCUUCACUCUCAUCGCAACCACCCCUCCAGGAGCAAGACAGCGCGGCCGGCCCAAUGAGCCUGACUUUGUCGGGGUCAUCAUGAUCUUGAUCCGACUCAAGGAGCAGAAGACAGACAUUGUGGUCACGGUCAAUGUACCCCACCUGCCGAACUCAUACGAUGAGAACGAAAUGACUCCAGAAGAGGGCAAACUCGGGCCGCUGAUGGAGAGUGCAUCGAAAGUCAAGGAGCGAGUGCUUGACACUUUUGAGGUCAAAGACUUUGGGUUAUUUAUCGAAGAGUGA